AUGUCGCAUACGGAGGAAGACAAAGAGCCUACACCGCAGAGUCAUAAUGCGCCGGCGCAACGGUCCUCGCGCAGCCUCCUCGCGGUCCCCACGCCAAUUAAGCAGCUCUUCGAUAUAUUCCCACUCCUCACAUACCCGGUCAACGACCUGCCCCAACGAGCACCCCAGGACCGCAACAAGCAUGUCUUGUACAUAUUUACAUCAGAAGACGGUGCGCUGAAGGGACUGCCUUCGUACAACCCUGCGUGCUUGAAGUGGCAGGCCUAUCUCAAGUUCUCCAAGAUCGACUUUCGAAUAGCCUCGGCAAACAACCAUGCAUCACCGAGUGGUGCUCUUCCCUUCAUAUUACCCGCUUCGCCUGAACCAUACAAACACAUCCAGCCGGUGCCAUCGGGGAAGUUGCAGAGAUGGGCAAUGAACAACAGCAAGAAAGCGGUCGAGGAGCCCGGAGACUUGCGUUCAGGCAAUCCCUUCGUCCGCCUCACAAUAGCCCGAGAGCUACGCACAGCAGCCGAGAAGGAACUGCUCAAAUUCUCGCCUGUCAUAAACGCCUCCACCCUCUACAGCCAGGCAGAAGAGGCCUUUGCAGCGCUAGAAACGCUGCUCGACAAGGACGAUUGGUUCUUUGGUGCACCGGGACCAGGGCUGUUCGAUGCCAGUGUCUUUGCGUACACGCACCUCUUAUUGGACGAGGGUCUCGGAAAGGGCUGGCUAGACACGCGUCUGCGUGACGCGCUAAUGUCGCGAAAACGCCUGACCUCGCACCGGAACCGCAUUCUGAGCACUUACUUUCCGGGACAGUCCUAG